CUUCGACUGGACUGAGUUCAGGAAGGAAGUCAAUCGCGUCCUCAAACCUAACGGAUGCCUGGCUGUCUUAGCUUUCGACAUCAUUUACAUCGAUCAUCCUGAUGACGUCAUCAUGAAGAAACUGAAUGAUUGCAUCGACUCAUAUCUUGACUAUACGAACAACCGAGAUCUGAAGGCUAGCACACCAGUUGGCUAUCAGCAUAUGAAGGAGAAAUACACCACUCUGCAACUGCCGUUUGCUGACCAAAAAAGGGUGGAUAUUGACAUACGAUAUAAUGGUUCUGUGACCGAGUUCAUCGAGUGUUAUAAAACAUACGCUGCCGCUAUCAAUUUCAUGAAGGACAACCCUGGUACAUCCUACUUUAUGGACUUCCAAAAGAGCAUCAUGACAAUCCUAGGAGGAGGAGAUCCUGAUGUCACCAUGGUUACAUCAUGGAUGCCUAUCUUUAUACGAUUUGCAAGAAAACCUGGCACUAACCUCUGAACAUGUCCAUAAAUACAAGCUCUACCUUUCACAAAUUCAGCGAGAAGUUUACUGAAAAUUUUCUACACAUCCCCUCCAGCACACAUACACACUUUUUUCUUUUUCUUUUUCUUUUUUUUAAUAGUUCUUUUUUUAUUGAUUCCAAACAAUACAAAUUAAUUUUUAGAAAUAAAGUACAUUUUUUUUCCUUGACAUAAUUCAAAACAUUUACAUUACAUACAUUGUACAAUUGAUGAAAACAAAAAUGAAAUCAGUUGUAUCAUAAAACAAAUAACCCCAUCCAACCAAACACAAACACAAACCAAACUUUCCUAGGCCUACUAAAUAUCUCCCUACAUACCUUAUUUGAAAAAUCUGAAAAUUCCCGUCCAUCAUGAAUCUUCAAGACAAAUAAAUUUUGUAACUUCUCUAUAAAAUAUUCAUAAACCUUCCUCGAUAAUACAUCUCUGAGGAGCUUCACAGUAUUGUUAAACUGCAUUAAAAUAUCAUACUCUUUUACAUUCACUAAACUCCAGUUAUCCUUUUUUCCGCUUCUCAAAAAAGCUUCCCCAAUAUUCCAUACAUCAACAAUUUUGUUUCCUUUUAACCCCAAAUUUUGAAAAUGAGAUAUUGCCUGCAUGCCAUUUUCAGCAAAAAUAUCUUGAAUAAAAAUUACAUUGCGUGUAAACAACUCCUCAUUAAAAAUCAUUUUCUUUUUCAAUAAGAAAUCUUUAUUGUUAAAAAUAAUUGGAUUAUUCUUUUCUUCAAAAUUCCUAGAACCUUCUAACUCUUCCCAUGCUUUGAUCAUUUCUAAAUAGAACUUAGGUACUUUGAAACUGAAUAACUUGGAAUCAUAGUUACACAAAAAAAUAAAUCUACCCCCUACCACCUUGAAGCAGAAAUCAAAGUAUAGCUUCCAUCUCAUAGAUUUUUCUCCGUACAAUAGUCUUUUCACCCACAUUACCCGUUGGGUUUUUACAAACGUGUCAAAAUUAGUCAUUCGUAACCCUCCUUCAUCAUAACCUUGAUACAAUAUUAAUCUCUUAAUUCUAUCUUUCCCAUUCCAUAUAAAUUCAAAACAUAUUUUCUGUAUUUCCGAUAUGACCCUCUUUGGAACCACUAGUGAAGCAAAAACGUAAUUUAAUUUACAUAAUGCAUAUGAUUUUAAUAAAUGAAUUUUUCCAAACACCGUAAGGUCCCUCUGUUUCCACCAUCCGAAAAGUCUUUUUAUCUUGCUUAAAAUCUCCUUACAUUCAAUACACACACUCACACCACUUCCGUCAUCUAACACACUAACACACAAACACACACACGCACACACACAAACACACAUCCAGACAACCUAUAGCAAGCAAAAUAGGGCAUUUAUCAGAGGUGGUAAGGAGCAAUUCUCGUACCUGAAAAGGAGCACUUAUUAAAAUUGGAAGGGGCGCUUAUGUCAAAGGAAUAUUAUUACAAUUUCGUGCUUUCAGUUUUCUUUACGGAUCACUGAUUUUUCUUAUAAAACUGAAGACAUUGCGUAUAUAUUCAGUACUGAAUGAACGCCAUAAAAGUAUUACCAUCAACAACAACAACAUGUCAAAGGGAUAGGGGCACCUCUCAGAUAAGGAAAGCUGUAAUUAGAUGAGGUGAAGGGGUACUUAUUAUUAUUUGUGUUUGUGUUCUUUAAAAACAUGAAUUUUACCUGUGAAUAGUAAUACUCCAACAAGGGAGCAACCUAAAGUUUUCAAACUAAUAUGUAUAAUCUUCUGGUAGUGAUAGGUUAGAUACAUGUAGCUAAAGGUUUUCCAUAGGUUUACACUUCCAUAGUUGUAUCUCUUUUUUUUUAAUUCACUAGCUAAGUUAGGGUCAGGGCAGGAUUGAUUUGAUUAUUUUCAACAAAGUUUAAAAUGUCAGAUGUUCAUUUAAACAUUCUUAUGUAUACAUUUUUCGAAAUACAUUUUCGAUUUCAUGAUACAAGUAUUUUGAAAAUAACGUUAAAUAAAAGCUAUAGUAGAUCGGCAGACUAAUCCCAAA